AGUUCAGCACUCCGCUGUGGUUUACUUGACUUUUUAUAGCUGAUGUUACUCAAAGACUUGAUUUAAGUUUCUUCUGAGCGUAGCCUAUAACACACAUUUAUUAUGCCUUAAUGUUAAUUAAAGAAAACCUUUUUGUUUCAAAUUAAUGUAUUUUCGGAUUCGAAAGGUAUAUAGCAUCCACCAUGAAGUUCAACGGAUUACUGAAACUGCGUAUCGGCGAGGCGGUGGAUUUAAAACCAACGACUUCUUCAACCCGACACACCUUUAGUAGGAAAAUGCAGUUGGAUCCUUACAUUGUUGUUAAAAUUGAUAAUGUACAACUUGGGAGGACCGCCACUAAAACGAAGACCGAAAAACCGACUUUCAAUGAGGAGUUCACCAAAACCAUCUCGAAUGGUGUAGAGCUGGAACUGGCUGUUUUCCAUAGCACUCGUUUAGGAUACGACACGUUUGUGGCCAAUUACAGAAUCCAGCUUGAAGAUCUGAUAACGCCAUCAAAUACAAAUCAAACGUUUGAAGGAUGGGUCAAUCUGGAACCAGAGGGAAGUGUGUAUAUCUUCAUCACUCUCACUGGCUCCUUUACAGAUGAUGAAGCUGUGAAUAUUGUGAAAACCCAUAAAGAGUUUGUAAGAAAAAAGGUUUUGAAAAGAAGAAAAGUCCACCAAAUCUACGGACAUAAGUUUAUGGCAACCUUCCUCCCCCAACCUACAUUUUGCUACCAUUGCAAAAACUUCAUUUGGGGUGUUAUUGGAAAGCAAGGUUAUCAGUGUCAAGUUUGCACGUGUGUGGUCCACAAGAGGUGCCAUACCUUGGUUGUAACUGAGUGUCCACGAAUGAGGAAAGAUGCAAAUGAGGGCCAAAGACAAGGGUUCAGCAUCAACUUACCGCAUCAGUUCAGAGAGCACAACUACAAAGUUCCCACAUACUGUAACCACUGUGGAUCUCUACUAUAUGGGCUGCUGAAACAAGGGCUCCACUGCAAGAUUUGCAAGAUGAACAUCCACAAACGCUGUGAACAAAAUGUUGCACCUAAUUGCGGGGUGGACAAUGCUGAGCUGGCCAGCAAACUGUCAGAGAUUGGACUGCUCAACACAAUCUCCAAACGAAAAUCUCAGGGUUCAUUGCACACGACAAGUGUAAGGAGUCAGAGCUCCAGUACUAGUAUAGAGACAACUGAGGAGGAGUCAGAAGAGGAGGCUAUAAAAGUUUGCCUGGAAGAUUUCAGUUUCUUGCAGGUGCUGGGAAAAGGGAGCUUUGGCAAGGUGAUGCUGGCUCGUCUAAAAAGUGACCACAGGGUCUUUGCUGUGAAAAUGCUGAAGAAGGAUGUCAUAUUGCAAGAAGAUGACGUCGAAGCAACCAUGAUUGAGAAGAGAGUGCUGACUCUGGCCAACCAGCAUCCAUUUCUCACUCAGCUCUACUACUGCUUUCAGACUGCGGAGCGGUUAUUCUUCGUCAUGGAGUUUGUGAAUGGUGGCGACCUCAUGUUUCACAUCCAGAAGUGCAGGCGGUUCGAUGAGCCACGAGCCCAGUUUUAUGCUGCCGAAGUCACUUCAGCCCUCAAGUUCCUUCAUUCCAAAGGCAUCAUCUACAGAGACCUGAAACUGGACAAUAUUCUCCUAGACAGAGAUGGCCACUGCAAACUGGCAGAUUUCGGCAUGUGCAAAGAGGAAAUCUUCAAUGGCAAACUAACAAGUACUUUUUGUGGCACUCCAGAUUACAUUGCACCUGAGAUCCUCCAAGAGGAGCUGUAUGGCGUAUCUGUGGACUGGUGGGCUCUUGGCGUGCUUCUUUAUGAGAUGCUGUCUGGUCACGCUCCAUUUGAAGCAGAGACUGAAGACGAGCUGUUUGAGUGCAUCCUCAAAGACGAGAUCAUUUAUUCAUCCUGGCUCAGCUAUGAGGCCGAGGACAUCCUUAAAGGAUUGCUCACUCGAGACCCGGCCUGUCGGUUGGGCUGCAUAGACAGUGAUGGAGGAGAAGAGGCCAUUACUGCACACGCCUUCUUCACAGGCCUGGACUGGGAGAAGUUGUACAGACGAGAGAUCACACCACCUUUCACACCUCGAAUAAAUUCCAUCGAGGAUGUAAACAACUUUGACCCUGACUUCACCCAAGAGGAGCCCUGUCUCACACCCAUAGAGGAAAGCCUUUUCCCAUUCCAUCAGGAAGGUUUUCAAGACUUCAGCUACAUAGCUCCCGAACUGAGGCACAACUGACAUCAGCCACAGAUUAUUUAUUUUUCCUUCAUAGAUUACAAUACCAAUGACCUCCACCAAGGGAGAUUGUUGUAAGAUACUGUGUUGACAGACUUGUUGCUAAGUCUUGUAAAAAUAUGAACAUGUUCCAACCUGUUUGAGAAGACCAAAUGAUCGUACAGACCACAGGAUGUUGGUCACAGUGACUGAAAGAAUAUGUUGCUUUCUAAAAUCAACAAGUGCUUUUUUUCUAUCUACACAGUCAAACUUGUGUAUUAUUUGUACUAGUAUCUGUUGUUAGCAUGAUAAUAUGAAGGAAAGUGUUUCGCCAUUCAGCUUUAUAGUAUGAAAGGAAACAAAUUCACAACAAAUAACACAAUGGGCAGGCAAAGCUUUACAUUUUGUAAAGUGAUGAACUUGGAAAUUUUUGGUAACUGGAUAUUUUGGUUUAGCUAAAUGGCAUGUGACAACCAUAUCACCUGUCCAGUUCAUUGAAUAAUGAAUCAGGCAACCUGUGGUGUAAAUGAAACUUUCAUGAGAAAAACAAACAUAUACAACAUAUCCUUUACACCCCGAAGGACACACAGUGCUACGGUCAUGUCACAUUUCUCUAUGCUCGUGCAAAUCUUCCAUGAAUAAUGUAUGACCCUCGAUUGAUUUGUUGUUCUCUCACAGUCUAUUUGAUGUCCUGAUAAAGCAGUGUUUACCAGUGCUGCGCACUGUUAAUGAGGUUACGAUUCUAUAAUGAACAUCAAAUAUUUAAAUUUAGAUCUUUUCUAAAACGCCACGUCACUUCCAUUUCAUUUAGUGACAAUAAGUUAUACAACUGAACCGAAGGCCCCGUUCUUUACAUCCCUUUGUUUUUGUUUUUUCGAUUGAGCUGUGUAUCUGAGACUUGGCUUGAAGGGAUUGUUUUCGGUUCAAGCGCUCAAUUGUUUGAAUUGUUUGAAUACCCAAUAAGGGGUUUUCAUGCAGUUCACUCAAACCAGUUGUAGCUGGUAGCUCGGUGACACAUUUUAUUUGUUAGUUUUGACAUCAUGGUCUGGCAGACAAUAGCAGAUAUAGUUAAUAUAGUUAAUGAAGUAAUGCCAACCAUCUUUGCACUUACUCUGUAAUUUUUUUUUGUCAAGAAUUGUAAUUUUCUUUUAAGUUCUAUUUGCCAGAGCCCAAAGUUAUGAUGAGAGGUUUACAUUGAAAGUGAAUGGGAGGAUUUAAAAGUUAUGUACAGGUCGUCAUUUAAAAAAAUAAAUGAAUAAGUUCAUA